GCGGGCUCGGCGGCCCCGGCCGGGGAGGGAGGGCGGCGAGCGCCGCCGGAGCCGCCGGACAUGGCUGGAGGGCACUGCGGCAGCUUCGCCGCGGCGGCGGCCGGCAGCGGCGAGAUCGUGCAGCUGAACGUGGGGGGGACCAGAUUUAGUACCUCAAGACAAACACUUAUGUGGAUUCCAGAUUCUUUUUUUUCCAGUUUGCUGAGUGGAAGAAUUUCAACACUUCGAGAUGAAACUGGUGCUAUAUUUAUUGAUAGAGAUCCAGCAGCAUUUGCACCCAUUUUAAAUUUUCUUCGGACAAAAGAACUAGACUUAAGGGGAGUGAGCAUUAAUGUUCUCCGACAUGAAGCUGAAUUUUAUGGAAUCACUCCACUAGUAAGAAGGCUUCUCUUAUGUGAAGAGCUGGAGCGUUCAUCUUGCGGCAGUGUCCUUUUCCAUGGUUACUUGCCUCCACCAGGUAUUCCUAGUCGUAAAAUAAACAACACUACUAGAUCCUCAGCUGAUUCUAGAAAUGGACUAAAUUUUACAGAAGGUGAAGCUCGAGGAAAUGGUACUCAGCCUGUUCUUUCUGGAACUGGAGAAGAAACUGUUAGGCUAGCAGGGUUUCCUGUGGAUCCACGAAAGGUGCUGAUAGUAGCUGGCCAUCACAACUGGAUUGUAGCUGCGUAUGCCCAUUUUGCUGUGUGUUACAGAAUCAAAGAAUCAUCAGGAUGGCAACAAGUGUUUACAAGCCCAUAUUUGGACUGGACUAUUGAAAGAGUAGCUUUAAAUGCAAAAGUGGUCGGGGGUCCACACGGAGACAAGGACAAAAUGGUGGCUGUUGCCUCAGAGAGUAGCAUCAUCUUAUGGAGUGUCCAAGAUGGAGGAAGUGGAAGUGAAAUUGGAGUAUUCAGCCUUGGUGUUCCUGUCGAUGCUCUCUUCUUUAUUGGUAACCAGUUGGUGGCCACGAGUCACACAGGGAAAGUGGGAGUGUGGAAUGCUGUCACCCAGCACUGGCAGGUUCAAGACGUUGUUCCUAUAACUAGUUACGACACUGCUGGCUCAUUCCUUCUGCUGGGAUGCAACAAUGGAUCAAUAUAUUAUAUAGAUAUGCAGAAGUUCCCAUUGCGAAUGAAGGAUAAUGAUCUUCUUGUAACCGAACUUUAUCAUGAUUCCUCGAAUGAUGCUAUUACUGCUCUGAGUGUUUACCUCACACCCAAAACAAGCGUCAGUGGUAACUGGAUCGAGAUUGCCUAUGGUACGAGUUCUGGUGCAGUACGCGUCAUUGUGCAGCACCCAGAGACGGUUGGGUCAGGCCCUCAGCUUUUUCAGACAUUUACUGUUCACCGAAGUCCCGUCACAAAAAUCAUGCUGUCAGAGAAGCAUCUGGUAUCAGUUUGUGCAGAUAAUAAUCAUGUCCGGACAUGGACAGUAACACGAUUCAGAGGAAUGAUCUCUACUCAGCCGGGUUCUACUCCUUUAGCAUCAUUCAAGAUCCUGUCUCUGGAGGAGACAGAAAGCCACGGAAGCUACUCCUCUGGGAACGACAUAGGACCUUUUGGAGAGCGAGAUGAUCAACAGGUGUUUAUCCAGAAAGUUGUUCCCAUCACUAAUAAACUGUUUGUAAGACUGUCAUCUACUGGGAAAAGAAUCUGUGAAAUCCAAGCUGUUGACUGUACUACAAUAUCCUCAUUUACAGUAAGAGAAUGUGAGGGUUCCAGCAGGAUGGGCUCAAGGCCAAGGCGGUACUUGUUCACAGGCCACACAAACGGCAGCAUUCAGAUGUGGGAUCUGACCACUGCUAUGGAUAUGGUCAACAAAAGUGAGGAUAAGGAUGUAGGUGGUCCAACUGAAGAAGAACUACUCAAAUUACUGGAUCAGUGUGACCUGAGCACAUCUCGCUGCGCUACUCCUAAUAUCAGUCCAGCAACUUCUGUAGUUCAGCAUAGCCGUCUUCGCGAAUCAAAUUCUAGUCUUCAACUCCAGCACCAUGAAACCAUCCACGAAGCAGCUACUUAUGGUUCCAUUAGGCCUUACCGAGAAAGCCCUUUGUUAGCAAGAGCAAGGAGGACUGAGAGCUUUCACAGUCAUAGGGACUUCCAGACUGUGAACUUGAACAGAAACAUAGAAAGAGCUGUCCCUGAAAAUGGUAACUUGGGUCCAAUACAAGCUGAAGUUAAGAGGGCAGCAGGGGAAUGUAAUGUGUCUGAGAGGAAGUCUCCUGGAACAGAAGUUAAAAGCUUGAGAGAAUCAGAUAGUAUAGUGGAAGUUCAUAGACUAGCCGAAGGUUUUCUGGAAUCCAAGAAAAGGUUAUCAGAAGAUGAAAAUGAAAAUAAAGUGGAGUCACGGAAGAAAGGAGGAUUUGAAGGAGGCGGAUUCCUCGGAAGAAAGAAAGUCCCUCACUUGGCAUCUUCACCAAGUACGUCUGAUGGAGGAACUGACUCACCUGGUACUGCAUCCCCGUCUCCUACAAAGACUGCUCCCUCUCCUCGGCACAAAAAAAGUGACUCUUCAGGUCAAGAGUACAGCUUGUGACAACUCAGCAGAGUGAGUAGUAGUUCCGUUAUUCAGAAGAGAGUUAAACUCUACUGGAUUUCAAUUAGCUUUUACACCAAAACUUUACAAAUUAAGAUUGGACUUCAUUUAGUAUCUUUUUGACAGAAUUACAUGGGUUAAGGAGAUAAAAUAACCAUAUCUCAUCUGAUCUUUUGGAAAAUUUUUUUUAGUUUUACAGGCACAUUUAAUAGAUCAUUUGUAAAGAAGGUGUCCAUUUCCAUGUUUAUCUACUCUGGAUUUUGGAAGCAUAGUAUUAAUACCAUGUCUCUAUAAGAUGGUGCCCAUUAUAGAUGGCCAUCCAUUUAGAGUGUGAGAAUCAACAGACUGCAUUCCUUAUGCUGAUUUUGCCUGAGCUUUGUCUUGCAAUGUUAUGUUUAACGAAUUCCAUAAUUCUCUUUGGAACUUAAUCUCCCAACCCUUACUGUGACUGCAGAGUGGUUUACCAGGUAUUUAAUGAGGUGCUAUGUUUGUGGAAAAAUAUGUAAUUCAAAAACACUAUUGAAUACCAGAUUGCUCUGUGUAGUACUAAGUCCUUUAGGAUAAUUUUAAUUGUGGUCAUUUCCUGAUUCUCAUUGUUGGAGUACUUAAGUCUUAGCAAGUAUCACCAAUAUUAAAUGUCAAAAAUCCAUUUAAAAACUUUCUUCAAAGUUGGAGCAACUGUUUGAACAGAUGAAAUAAAGACAGUUUUGAGUGCCCAGAAAAGAAAACUAUCAGUUACUAGUUUGCCUUGUUUGAGGAACCACCAUAUUUUUUUCUUGUGUUAAUAAUGAAGAUAAUUAAAUUAGAAUGUGGCCAUUUUGUUAAACUUAAGAGACUGCACUUCUGAAUUUUUGCUUAAAGGUUUUGGCUGCUACAGAAAUUUUAUUUUAAAUAUAAGAACAAAGAAAUCUUUUGUACUUUAAUUAGAAUGGUUUCCAAAUUUCUGCAAGUAAGGUAAUUGUAAAUUGAAAGCAUUAAGCAUUUAUUGGUGAAUAAUGUAUAUAUUCCCAUUCUGAAAAAUAUAAGUGGGUCAAGUCAAAAUAAAUUCUUUAAAGUUUAUUAUAUUGCCAGUGGUUUCAUAGACACUUUCUUGUAUUUAUUUGUCAAGGCAAAUAAAAAUGAUGAGGUGUUUUCGGUUACUUAAGGAAUAGUAAUCCUGUUUCAAGUGUACUUAGAUUUUGUUCAUGCUUUGCUUUCUCCCAUAAUAAAGGAAAGAGGGAGGAUCUUAUAUGUAUGAAAACUAACUUGUAUUGUCAAGGAAAAGGUUACACAAAGCAUAAUUUCAGUAUUACCAAGGAUUGUAUUUAUCUCUUAAACCCCUUUUUCUCAUUAUUAUACUCAUGUAAAAAGUUGGGUGGGCAAGUAAGAAAACUAAAAGUUAAAUAUUUACCCAGUCUUUUCCAAGAGUAAAAGGGCUCUUUAUGGGAUUUUAGUGUAAUUCUGGAAAGAAAAAAAAAAACUGCAGUGGCAACUCACUAUAGUUAUUCUAUAAAUAUUUGCAUUACAGUCAGAUUGUUUUUCUUUCCCGUAAAAAGAGCUUGAACCUUGAUGGUACAGCAGAAAUUUGAGUCUAUUCUGGCACUUAACUUUGUAAACUUCAGCCGAUUAUAAUGAAAAAUCUUAGGCAUAGCAGGGAUAGUUUCUUUAUUGGGGUUUUUGAGUCCAAAAAGGAAGAAUACCUCCAGAACCACCUGUGCCGUGUGAACUUCUUAGGAGAACAAGAACACUGUCCAUUGUUGUAAGGAAGAAUAAGAUUUCAGAAAAAAGGCCACAUGAGAACUCGAGAGAAGAUGGCCAUCUACAAGAGAGCUCUCACCAGAAACCAACCUCCGUGGCACCUUGAUGCCAGGCUUACAGCCUCCAGAACCAUGAACAGAGAUUUUUCAGCCAAGGUGCUGGAGUAGGACUCAUUCUCCUCUCUUGAGCACACCAAAAAAAGUCUAUAUCCAGAGACAUGAAGAUGAAAUCAGGAGGCGAAAGGACAGGUGCACUCACGGGGUAAUCAGAUCCCAUGCCACCCAGCUGGACAACCCACAGACUGGACAAUAAUUAAAUCACAGAACUUCUCCCACAGGAGUGGAAGCUGAGCCCCAUGCCAGGCUCCCCAGAGCAGGGGUCAGUCUUUGGGAGGUGGAGCCUCCAGAGCAUUGGGGUUUACAGGCCAGCAGGGCUUAACUGCAGGAGCCUCCCCUGUGCCCCCAGGAUGGGGGAAACAGCCUCCACCCUCGGAGGACACACACAGGUGCUCAGGGUGAAAGCUGAGAUUCCACACAAACCUGGGCCAGACCUACUUCCUGGUCUUGGAGGGUCUCCUUGGGAGGUGGGGGCAGCUGUGGGUAUCUGGCAUCAUAAAAGCUGGUGGCUGAUACAGUGGAGACCUAUGUGAAUGCUGGGUGGAGUCAGACAUUUUGAGUCCUUGGCACUGAGACCCCACCCAACAGCCUGUAAGCUCCAAUGCUGGACGCCUCAGGCCAGACAGCCAGAGGGGUAGGAAAUGGCCCUGUCCAUCAGCAGACAGGCUGCCUAGACUUCUUGACUCUCAGCCGCCCCUAGACACAUCCCUUGACAGAGCUUGGCCCACCAAAGGGCCAAGACCCUGCUGCACACACCAGUGAGGAGGCACGAGCCCCUCCCACCCAGAAAACCUACACAGAGCCCUUAGACUAGCCUCACCCACCAGGGCGCAGACACUAGAAGCAAGGAAAGUACAGUUCUGCAGAACUGAGUUUAUAACACGGAUCAGUCUAUGCUGGGACCAACUGGUCCCUGAUCCUCUGCUGGGACACAAAGGACAUCCCCUACAGAGGGCCCCUUCUCUAAGAUGGAGAAGCAUAACUAAGCUCCUAUACACAUAAAAGUACAAACAGAAAUGUAAACAAUGAGACAGCAGAGGAAUAUGUCCCAGACAAAGGAACAAGGUAAAACCCCCACAGAAGAGCUAAGUGGAGAUAACCAACCUAUCUGAGAAAGAGUGAAGAGUAAUCACCGUAAAGAGGAUCCAAGAACCUGGAGAAAGAAUAAAGACACAGAAAAAUUUUAAUGAAGAGCUAGAAGAUCUAAAGUGCAAACAGAUGAACAGUAAUUGAAAAAUACACUAGAAGGAGUCAGUAGCAGAAUAAAUGAGACAAAGAAUGGAAGAAACCCCUGGGAAACGUUAAAUGCACCAAUGUUUGCAUUAUAGGGGGGUCACAGAAGGAAAAGAGGGAGAGAAAGGGCCUGAGAAAAUAUUUGAAGUGGUAAUAGCUGAAACACAGGAAAGGAAAUAGUCACCCAGCACAGAGAGUCCCAUACAGGAUAAGCCCAAGGAGGAACACGCUGAGACACACAGUACUCAGACUGACCAAAAAAAAAAGACAAAAAGAAAUAUUAAAAGCAACAAGGGGAAGAGCAACAAAUAACAUACAUGGGAAUCCCCUAAGACUGUCAGCUGACUUUUCAGCAGAAACACUGCAAGCCAGAAGGCAUGAUAUAUUUAAAGUGAUGAAAGGGAGACACUUACAACCAAGAAUACUCUUGUUCAGAUUUGACAGAGAAACAGAAAGCUUUAUACACAAGCAAAAGCUAAGAAUUGAGUACCAUCAAACCAGCUCUACAGCAAAAGCCAAAGGAAGUGGAAAAGCCCAAAACACUAGAAACAAAAUUACCAAUGGGAAAGCUCACUGGUAAAGGCAGACUUCAAACUACAGAGCAAAUAUUAACAGACAUAAAAGGAGAAAUGGACAGUAACACAAUAACACUGGGGGGCUUGAACACCCCACUUACCUAAAUGGGCAGAUCGUCUAUCCAGACAGAAAAUUAGUAAGGAGACAGGCCUUGAAUGACAUGAUAGCUUAGGUAGGCUUAAUUGAUAUUUAUAGGAUAUUCCAUCCGCAAGCAGGAGAAUACACUUUCUUCUCAAGUGCACACACAACAUUCUCCACGAUAGAUCACAUCUUGGAUCACAAAUCAAGCCUCGGUAAAUUUAAGAAAAUUGAAAUCCUAAUCAAGAAUCUUUCCCACCCUCAAUGCUAUGAGAUUAGAAAUCAGCUACAAGAAAAAAACUGCAAAACACACAAAUGUGGAGGAAAAAAAUGAAUCUAUGUAUAUAUUUUGUGUGACAGAUGAAAAACAACAGAAUUAUAGUUCUCAUGGUGUCCAGUUUUCCCAGUAAUUAUGAAAUAAGUAUUUUCAUGUCAACUAGAUAAGUAUUGUUAUCCUCUUUCAAGAUGAGAUUACCAAGGCCCUCUGAGGAUCAAUAGCUUCACCACAAAGCUCCUUAGCUACUGAGCCACCUCAUGAACCCACGUCUGUCUCUGCAGCCUGUGGUCUUUUCCUGGCUUUCUCAUCCAGGCUUACAUAUCAGAGCCACCUGAGGUUAUCUGCUAAAUAUGUAUCUCUGCCAGUUGGGACUCAUGUCUUACAAAAUGUGUUAACAUUGAUUCUAAUGUACAUCAGUUAUUCAUAAUAUCCUGUUUUCUUAAAUGGGCUCACCUUUAUCAUUAUGUGUAAACUGUAAAUACAACCCAGAGCUGUUAAGAGUAUUUUUUCAUAAAUAUAUUAAAUCAAACUUGGUUCACAGUUAAGUAUUUAUUAAGCAAACCACCUUUCGAUUAAUUUACAGGAUAUCUGUGCAUUGGAAAUAAACUACUAUUCACGUGUGAC